AUGUUUUUUCUUUUUUGUAUCUCCUCCAUUGUUUUUCGUCUUUCUUUCUUUCUUUCUUUCUUUCUUUCUUUCUUUCUUUCUUUCUUUCUUAUUAUAUUCCCCAUCUCGUUUCCCUUUUCUUUCUAUCUUUCUUUCUUUCUUUCUUAUUAUAUUCACUAUUUCAUUUCCAAUUUCUUUCUUUAUUUCUUAUUAUAUUCACCAUCAAAAUUUCCCCUUCUUUCUUUCUUUCUUUCUUUCUCGCUUCUCGUUUUCUUUGCUUCUCUCUUUCUCAUUUCACUUUGUUUUGCACUCAUCCUCUCAUCACUUCUUUUUCUUUCUUCGUCCACCUCUGUUUUUCCUUCUCUUCCUCUGAAUCUCUUCUUUUGUUUCCUUUCUUUUCUCCUCUUUAUUUUUCUUUUCCCUUUCUCUUCUUCACUUCUUUCCUCCAUUGGUCUUUCCCUAAUUUUGGCUCACUUCGAUUUAUGUUUUUUUUUCUUUCUCUUUCUCUCUCUCUCUCCCCCGUUUUUGUUUUUAUUAUCGUACCUCGACUUUAUAUCUCAUUCUCUUUUCUCUUUUCCUACUUUUCAUUUUUUCUUUCGUUCCCCACUUUUCUAUUUCCAUCUUUCUAUCUUCAUCACUCUCUCUCUACCAAUGCUUCUAUCUCACAUACGCAAUAUUAAUAUUAUCUAUCUAUCUAUCUAUCUAUCUAUCUAUCUAUCUAUCUAUCUAGAGAGUUUCGAAGGGGAAUGGCAGGGCCUAAAAAAUAACACCAUUCUUUAUUUUAGAUUUCAUUUUUACGUAUUUUUUUUUAAACUUCCCUUCUUUUUGUACCAUGUUAUCAUUUCUUUAUUUCUUUCUUCCUCGUCCAUUAUAUACAUGACACUUUCUUUCGUUCUUUUCCGUUCAUCAUAUACACCUUUUCUUUCUUUCUUCCAUAAUAUACACAACCCUUUCUUUCUUUCUUUCUUUCUUUCUUUCUUUCUUUCUUUUCAACACUUCAUUUAA